AUGCUGAAAGGUGGCAAGUUCCUCCGUACCAACUCGACUCGGCCAGCGCCCACCCCAUCGCCCAUCAUGGGCGGGCCGCGAAGACCUACCAUUACAGCGACUCGAAGUUCAAUGCGCCCUCCUCCCAGACCAAAUCUUCCCCAACAUGCCUCAAUGACUGGUCGCGCUCCGUCCCCAGCAGAUUCAAGCGCUUCAAGUAACAAUUCUGGUGCUGGAACGAAGAGGAAGGAAAGAGACUUUGAACAGGAUCAUGGAGAAGAGACGAACAUUCAUGUGGUGGUGCGAUGUCGUGGGCGCAAUGACCGGGAAGUCCGUGAGAACAGCGGAGUGGUAGUAUCAACAACAGGAGUCAAGGGUAAAAACGUCGAGUUGUCCAUGGGACCCAAUGCGAUCAGCAACAAGACAUACCAGUUCGACAAGGUCUUUUCCCCGGCAGCAGACCAGGCCAUCAUUUUCGAAGAUGUGGUUGCGCCCAUUCUGAGCGAAAUGCUUACCGGAUUCAAUUGCACGAUAUUCGCGUAUGGUCAAACUGGUACAGGAAAGACUUAUACAAUGUCCGGCGACAUGACGGACAGUCUAGGUUUACUGUCCGACGCCGCCGGUAUUAUACCUCGAGUAUUGUCCACGCUCUUCCAGAAGCUCGAAGCAGACGAGGUGGAAUGCUCAGUCAAGUGCUCCUUCAUUGAGCUCUAUAACGAGGAAUUGAGAGAUUUACUUGCGGCGGACGACAGUGUUAAGCUCAAGAUCUACGACGAUGCCAACAAAAAAAGCCAGACGGCGACAAUGGUCCACGGAAUGGAGGAGUCGUAUAUCAACAGUUCGUCAGCAGGGAUCAAGCUUCUCCAGCAAGGCAGCUACAGGCGUCAAGUGGCCGCAACAAAGUGCAACGACCUCAGUUCUCGAAGCCAUACCGUUUUCACAAUCACAACCUACAUCAAGAAAGUCAACGAGACGGGGGAAGAUUACAUUUGUAUAGGCAAACUCAAUCUCGUCGACUUGGCGGGAAGUGAAAACAUUCAGAGAAGUGGUGCGGAGAACAAGAGAGCCGUCGAGGCUGGUGUGAUCAACAAGAGCCUGUUGACACUCGGUCGGGUAAUCAAUGCCCUGGUCGACAAAAGUCCGCACAUUCCCUACCGAGAAUCAAAACUUACGAGACUGCUACAAGACUCACUAGGUGGAAGGACAAAGACUUGCAUCAUUGCGACAGUGUCGCCGGCUAGAAGCAAUCUCGAGGAGACCAUAUCUACACUUGAUUACGCCUUUCGUGCGAAGAACAUCCGAAACAAACCCCAAGUCAAUUCAACGAUCUCCAAGCAGAGGUUACUUAAGGAGUUUACUGUGGAGAUUGAAAAGAUCAAGAGCGAACUGAUUGCCACGAGGCAACGCAAUGGCGUAUAUCUUACGAAUGAUCAAUAUGAGGUGCUUACUGUGGAAAGCGAGUCACGGAGGAUACUCAGUGAAGAGCAAAAGGCACGCAUUGAAACGAUGGAAAUCAGCCUUCGCAACAAAGUGCAAGAACUAUUUAGCCUCACCAACAAUUUUACCAUGCUGAAACGAGACACCGAAACGACACGAGCAACAUUGGCGAGUACCAAAGAUGUGCUGGUGAAAACCGAAGCCGUGCUUGCGGAUACUCAACGGUCCCUAGCGGAGGAGACUGUCCUCCGGGAAGCGCAUGAGGCCACAGAAGGAAGGCUGUUGGACAUCGGCACAAGGCUGGUCUCUACAGUUGGCAUGUCCACUCACGAUGUCAACGGCCUUCAAGCAGGAUUAGAACGGCGGUCCAAUCUUCACAACCAGAAUCGUAAUGCUUGGACAGCCUCGGUUGACCGUGUCAAUGAUGUGUCCGACCUAGUCGAGGCUCGAAUGAAGAGCUUUCAAGCAGAAAACUCUGACAUGAUUCGAAGCAGUCGGGAGCGUAUAGACACGUUCGUAUCGACGCAGAAGAUGCACCUCGAAACCUCAGCAAGGCUAGCCCUGUCCAAAGCAUCGGACGUUGAGAAGAGUUGUGCCGCGGUCGAGGUCCAAUCCGGCAAAGCCCGGGACGACAUGAAUACUGUACUUGAAGAGAUCAAGGACCUACGCGAAAACGUCAAGGAAAAAGUGGCUGAAGGUCUUCAAGGACUGUCGCAAGCUGCAGCCAAGAUAGCUGCAGAAGUCAUUUUGGAGCUUGAAGAUUUUCAUACGCAGCUGCACACGUCCUACAGUGGUCUCGGCAAGGAUAUCAAGAAUAUGUUCGAUGAGCUUACCAAGCAACUCUCUGCCCAGCGUGAGGAAGCGGAUGCAUUGAGAUUUGCGCUACAAGCGGCGAAUAGAGCGAACAUUGAGGCUCAACUGGCGGCAGCUUCUCAGCUUCAGUCGGUUAAGGACGAAGAGAAAAGAGUGUCGAAAGAGGAGAAGGAAAUGCUGAAGGAGCAAAUCUUCCGCCUGAUCGAUUCAUCUUCUCUACGACAGGAGGAAAGAUUAUCAGACCGUCUGAUUAAUGCUCAGACUAACCUCGUCGACGCGGCGGAGCAGUUUGAGAGGGCCGACAAAAGUUAUCUAGAAGGAAUGGACAAGUGGACAGACAAUGACAUUAAUCUCAUGACGAAGGUUGUCAGAUGCAGAGAAGAUAUCAAGACCAAGAUGAAAGGAGACUGGAUGGCGGUUAACACACGAAGCAAUGCCAUUCAAAAGUCAACCAGAGCAAUUCACGAAGAGACUGGCAAAAUCGUUGAUGCUCAGCUCGGGCGAGUGGCUACUCAGAUGGGUGACUUGGAUGAAUUUGUCGGCAGAGCAAGAUCUCAAAACGAUUUGUACCACCAGCAGCGAACUGAGGGUCUGACCAGCAUGGCGAGCAAUGCUAGAGCUGGCUUCGUUCAGCUUGAGAAAGACUUUAACGACUGCAAGACGUCGACUGAGAGCUUCGGCAAUGCGAACACCUCACAUGGAGCGGACAUGGAGGCACUCGCCGCUUCACUGGAAGAUGAUGCUAAGCCAUUACUCGAAGAUCUACAACACGUACUCGCCAACUCGAUGUUCGCCGAUUAUAAGCAUACAGGAGAGACGCCCCAGAAGCGCGAGUGGGACUAUCCCACAAAUCUACCACGGACGGAACGUCACGACUCUAUCAUUGCAAGACUUAGGGGUCUCCCUGACCCGGCCGCAGUCAGAAAGACGCCAUUGACAAGCAAGACACCUGGCCGAUCACCACAGAAGCAGACGUCUCCUAGGAAGGGAUUCGGCUCUCCAUCGAAAGCGCUGAGUCCAAGCAAGACGAAAGUCUUUAUGGAUGCUGAAGUGCCCGCUGCCAGAACCGAAGAGAGUCAGACUAGCAGUUUCACGGAUCUGGGUGAGCAAUCGAAAGCUGGGCUCAAAGAGGUCGAUAUCAAUGUCAUACCACGGGCUCCGACGACAAAUGUGUCAGCCAAUGCCGAUGACAGACCGGUCUUACUCGACUUUAGUAAGAGUCUGGGUAGUGGUGCAGGACAGCCGCCGUUGAAGAGACAUGCAACGACCAAUGCGAUUGUGGAGAGCAGAUUGCCUACGAAAUUGAGUCGGGCGAAGAGCACGGCUGCAGGGAUGGCCAUGGGUUUAGGGUUCGAGAAUUUCGGGCGGAGUGUCGGUUCGGUAGCUGGUGGGAGGAGGUUGAGAAGUAGUCCUCCUAAUUGAUCUGAUCGUGUGGGAGUAUGUCUGGUAGCUUUUACAAUGGCCGGGGGAAAGCGAGGUGUUGUGGUGGUUUUCUUUCUUUCGUUGAGUUGAACACUUCAUGAGAUACCCCCUUCUGCUGUUGGACACGGUCGUUGCUUGGAUAGGUCAGGGAACAGAAUGAAAUCAGAAUCUACGGAUUGGAGUCGAG